UCAGUGUUUAUCCGAUGGCCUCAGGAGGGGGUGUAAGGGGCUGGCGAGCAAGUGGGCAGCUGCUGGGCUUGCUGGGCUUGCUGGGCCGGUGGGACGGAGCGGUCCAGGGACAGGCCCCUGCCUGGGCCAGAGAGGAGCCAGGAGCCAUGAGGGUGGCAUUAGGCAUGCUCUGGCUCUUGGCCCUUGGGUGGCCCCCCCAGGCCCGGGGGUUCUGCCCCUCUCAAUGCAGCUGCAGCCUCCAUAUCAUGGGUGAUGGCAGCAAGGCCAGGACGGUGGUGUGCAACGACCCCGACAUGACCCUGCCUCCGGCGUCCAUCCCCCCGGACACCUCCAGACUGCGCCUGGAGCGGACGGCCAUCCGCAGGGUUCCUGCCGAGGCCUUCAGGCCCCUGGGCCGCCUGGAGCAGCUGUGGCUGCCUUACAACGCCCUCAGCGAGCUCAACGCCCUCAUGCUGCGUGGCCUGCGACGCCUGCGGGAGCUGCGGCUGCCUGGGAACCGCCUGGCCACCUUCCCCUGGGCCGCGCUCAGGGACGCCCCCCAGCUGCGGCUGCUGGACCUGCAGGCCAACCGCCUUUCGGCUGUGCCCCCUGAGGCCGCGCGCUUCCUGGAGAACCUCACCUUCCUGGAUCUCUCCAGCAACCAGCUGAUGAGGCUCCCGCAGGAGCUGAUCAUGUCCUGGGCUCACCUGAAGACCGGUAUCUUCCCUCACAGCCACCACCCCAGGCUGGUCCUAGGGCUACAGGACAACCCCUGGGCAUGUGACUGCCAACUCUAUGACCUGGUUCAUCUUUUGGAUGGCUGGGCCCCAAACUUGGCCUUCAUUGAGACCGAACUGAGAUGUGCCAGCCCACGCAGCCUGGCCGGAGUGGCCUUCAGCCAGCUUGAACUGAGGAAGUGCCAGGGCCCAGAGCUCCAUCCAGGAGUGGCCAACAUCAGGUCCCCUUUGGGUGGCACAGCAUUGCUACGCUGUGGAGCUACCGGAGUCCCUGGGCCCGAGAUGAGCUGGAGGAGGGCCAAUGGCAGGCCCCUUAAUGGUACAGUGCAUGAGGAAGUCUCCAGUGACGGCACGAGCUGGACUCUGCUGGGCCUGCCUGCAGUGUCCCACCUUGACUCCGGAGACUACAUCUGCCAAGCCAAGAACUUCCUGGGAGCCUCUGAGACUGUUAUCUCCCUGAUUGUCACUGAGCCGCAGACUUCCACAGAGCACAGCGGGAGCCCAGGGGCACUAUGGGCAAGGACAGGCGGUGGAGGGGAAGCCGCUGCUUACAACAACAAGCUGGUGGCCAGGCAUGUCCCCCAGAUUCCCAAACCCGCUGUCCUGGCCACUGGACCCUCUGUGCCCAGCUCAAAGGAGGAGCUGACCCUCCAGCACUUCCAGAUGGAUGCCCUGGGAGAGCUCUCUGAUGGGCGGGCGGGACCCUCAGAGGCACGAAUGGUGAGGUCUGUGAAGGUGGUGGGAGACACUUACCACAGCGUGUCCUUGGUGUGGAAGGCACCCAAGGCUAAGAACACAACUGCCUUCAAUGUCCUCUAUGCGGUCUUUGGACAGCACAGCAUGCGGCGGGUGAUUGUACAGCCUGGGAAGACCAGAGUGACUAUCACUGGGCUGUUGCCCAAGACCAAGUACGUGGCGUGUGUCUGCGUGCAGGGCCUGGUGCCCCGGAAGGAGCAGUGUGUUAUCUUCUCCACCAACGAAGUGGUGGAUGCUGAGAACACUCAGCAGCUCAUCAAUGUGGUGGUGAUCAGUGUGGCUGUCGUCAUUGCCCUGCCUCUCACGCUGCUUGUCUGCUGCGGUGCUCUUCAGAGGCGCUGCCGAAAGUGCUUCAACAGGGACUCCACUGAGGCCACAGUUACCUACAUCAACCUAGAGAGACUAGGCCACAGCGAGGAUGGCUUGGAGGAGCUGUCCCGGCACAGUGUCAGCGAGGCCGACAGGCUUCUGUCAGCUCGUUCCAGUGUGGACUUUCAGGUCUUUGGAGUCAAAGGGGGCAGGAGGAUCAAUGAGUACUUCUGCUGAGGGACGUGCCUCCACAAUUCACACACCUGCCCGCCCACUCUCCUUCUUUAACUCUGACACCUGAGUACAUGAUCACCCACUCUUACCUGCUCGGGUACCUGCUUACACAGAUACUUACACACAACAACAGCAGCAGCAGCUACUGCAACAACCACUAACACUUGUUAAGCACUUACUACGGGCUAGAAAGUGUUCUAAGUGCUAAAUUCUUGUCACAAUCAUUUGCAGCAGGCACCACUAUUCUCUCCAUUUCCUUGGGGUGGGGGGUUAAGAAACUUGCCUGUUUCAGUGAGCUUUUGCUGUAUAACAAAUGAAAGCAAAAUCUUAGUGAUAUAUAGCAGUGAACACUUAUUUUCACACUCACAGGCCUGUGGGUUGAUUAGGAUGGCUCUGCUCUGUGUGUUUCAUUUGGAGCCUGGGCUGGAGAGUAGCAGUGGGUACCUGGGGCAGGUUCCUCUCAUGGUGCAGUUGAAUGAUAAUAGAGGAAUGAUUUUUC